AUGCAUGAAUACUCACAAUCAUGUUUUUCUCCAGUGGUGUACUUGUGCAAAGAACAGCUGGGGGAGAACAGGAACUUGCAGAGUUUAGGAUCCACAGAUUAUUGGAAGAUCCUCUCCUUCUCAUUUGCCAUUGAGGAGAUCAACCAGAAUCCCACGCUUCUGCGCAACAUCACCCUGGGCUAUAACAUCUAUGACAGCUAUAGCAAUACGAGAGUAACUUCUGAUGCAGUCAUAGACCUUCUUUCGGCCAGUCAGGUCCAUGUUCCUAACUACAAGUGUGGCAGAUGGCAGCAGCUGAUGGCUGUCCUUGAGAAAUCAGACCCUGAAAAUUCCAAGCAAAUUUCAAAUCUUUUGGGCAUCUACAAAAUUGGACAGGUUACUUAUGCUUCUCACGUCCUGAGUGAUCAAGCCCAGUUCCCUUUUCUUUACCACAUGCUCCCCAAAGAAGGAGUCCAGUACGAGGGGAUCAUCAAACUCCUCCUGCAUUUCCGAUGGAUGAUGCUCCACCCCUUCCUGAAAAGCCCCCAGUUUCACAAUCGUUCCAUGGACGGAGUAUAUUUGGAUGAGAAGGGGGACCUGACAGCUGACCUGGACAUUGUCAACUGGGUGAAGUUUCCCAACAGCUCUGUUGUAAGAGUGAAAGUUGGAAAUGCUGACCAUUGCACCAAGUGUUCAGACGAUCAGCAUCCGAACAGGAACCGAACUCAAUGUACCCACAAGAUGAUCACCUUCCUGUCCUAUGGAGAUUCUCUUGGGAUUAUCCUGGUUUCCAUGGCCCUGGUGCUAUCCUUAUUCACAGGACUUGUGUUGGGAAUCUUCAUUAAAUUCCAAGACACCCCAGUGGUCAAAGCCAACAACCGCAGCCUCUCCUACAUUCUUCUGGUCGCCCUCCUGCUUUCCUUCUCCUCCUCCUUCCUCUUCAUCAGCCAACCCAGCAAGGUGACCUGCCUUCUCCGACAAACAGUCUUCAGCAUCAUCUUCUCAGUUGCUGUCUCUUCUCUCUUAGCCAAAACCAUCACUGUGGUCUUGGCCUUCUUGGCCACCAAGCCAGGCAACAGGGCAAGAAACUGGUUGGGGAAGAGGUUGGCCAACUCCAUUGUCCUUUUCUAUUCCGGCAUCCAAAGUGUGAUCUGCUGCAUCUGGCUGGGAACUUCUCAUCCCUUCCCUGACAAGGAUAUGAACUCCCAGCCUGGACACAUCAUCCUACAAUGCAACGAAGGCUCUUUGGCAAUGUUCUACAGUGCCCUUGGCUACUUGGGCUUCAUGGCUACCAUUUGCUUUAUAGUGGCUUUCCUGGCCAGGAAGCUUCCCGGGGCCUUCAACGAGGCCAAGCUGAUCACUUUCAGCAUGCUGGUCUUCUGCAGUGUCUGGGUGUCUUUUGUGCCCUCCUACCUGAGCACCAAGGGGAAAUUCAUGGUGGCUGUGCAGGUCUUCUCCAUCUUGGCCUCCAGUGCUGGCUUACUGGGCUGCAUCUUUCUUCCCAAGUGCUACAUCAUUAUUCUGAGGCCUGCUCUGAAUACAAAGGAGAAUCUUGUGAGGAAAACAAAAGAUGGUAUUGUGACCUAG